UCUAACCACGGCUUAGGCAAAUGGAGUGAUCAGGGCGCCAAGGGAGCCAUUAUCGUAAUCUCUGUACAAACCACUCGCGUGUGUAAUACUGUAGGCCUAAUAUCAAACAUCUGCUGUAUAUUUGUAUGAAGUUGCCCAUAGCCCGAAUGACAAAUAAGCUGCAAUGGUUCCUGGUAAGCUGCCUAUUUACAGCGUUUACGAGUGUGUUUCUCUACAUCUUAUACCCAACCUACCUCAUACCAGUGCCGCUACGGAACGUUUACGGAAGUGGAAACGAAAGUCUGCUACGAAACUUCGAAUUCUUUACCAAAUCGAGCAGCGACAGACCUAUACCGUCUAUGCCCAAGAUUGAAAGAACCUUGUCGAAAGUUGAGGGUUCAGAUGGAGGCACUGAGACGAUGAACAUUGAGCAAACCAAAGAACCGGAAAAGUACAAACUUGAACAAGCUCCGGGAAGAAACAUUCCUGCUGUUGCCGUUAUGAAUGGAACGACACAAGAGGUUGUCCGCUCCAUGUUGUGGCUGCAUCAUGGAAAAGACUCAACGUGUUCACCUUUGCAACAUAAUGUGGCAUUCAUUAAAACCCACAAAACUGGAAGUACAACCAUUGGUCACUUGAUUAAUCGAUUUGGUUAUCACAAUCGAUUAUCGUUUGUCUUGAAUAAACACAGCCAACUUAAUGGACAUUUGGUGUAUUAUAAUAUCACGAAAAACACUGCAAGGCUAAUGUUUUUGCCACCUAUUAACGUUAAACCGCGUGAUUACAAGAAUUACAAGUAUAACGUCAUUGCAGUACAUGUCCGGUACAUGCGACCCGCAAUGAACUCGUUUAUGAAGCCAGGCACAAAAUAUAUAACAAUUCUACGAGAUCCGGGCAGUCAAUUUGAGUCCGCCUUUUCUCAUUUCCAGUUCGAUGAUGCAUUCCCGUUAGAGGAAAGACGGAAUUUUAAUACUACUGUAGAUAAAUUAGAACACUUUUUAACAAAACCAAUAUUUUACCGUGACCGAUUGAAAGUGCUAUCAUGGGAAAAUACUCCAGGACUGCGGUGGUUUUACGCGCGAAAUAAUCAAGCUUUUGAUCUGGGGUUAGACCAUAAGUAUCACAUGAAUACAAAUAUUGUGGAGAAAUUUAUCAACAGGUUAGAGCGAGAGAUGACAGUAGUUUUGCUAACAGAGUACAUUGACGAGUCUUUACUUAUUUUGCGCAAGAAAAUGUGCUGGACAUGGAGUGAUAUACUGUAUGUUGCCAAAAACAGACGACCCGCAGUUGAGACUUUACCAGAGUUACUACGCGAAAAGAUGCGUUCGUGGAACGCUGUGGACUCUAUGUUGUAUAACCAUUUCAAUCGUACAUUGUGGAAACAUGUUGAAGAAUAUGGCCAAGAAUUCGCAUCAGAUUUAGCUUUUUUUAAAGAAAUGUUGGUGCAAGUGUUCAGCGAGUGUGUUUCAAACCAAUAUAAAAAAACUCAGGGACGUGAUUUUCACUGGAUAGAAUACCAACAAAGACAAGGUUCAUCCAGCGAGUGUAAGCUCCUGGUUGAAAAUAAAAGAAUGUUAUUUAGAAGAAUAUGGGAGCGACAGGAUCUCAUGCGCCCAUUGAGAACACUCAGCCAUGUUAAGUGGCUUGCACAGUCUCGUCGAAUAAGAAACGGCUACUAUUCUCGUACGAAAAUGAACCAGAAUAGAAACCAUACAGAGAGGGGCAACCAAGGGCGGAUCUAGUAGGAGGUGGGGGAACGGGGAGGCACGUGUCCCCCCCCCCGUUUUCCCACUAAAUUUUAAAAUUAUCAAUGCAAAUCAAUGUUGUGUUCCACUCAUUUACCUAUUAUGACUGUUGUUCGCCACCCCCACCCCCACCCGCGAAAUAGGACUGAAGUUCAAUCCCAAAGGGCUAAAGCAAAUAAAAGGAAAACGUCCAUUUACAUCGACGUAGGCCUUCACCAAGUUAAGAAACACAACAGAAAAUUAUAGAACAUCAGAUUCAAAGAAUUCCACUUAAGCCUGUGAUUUGUUCAGAUUCGUGAUACUGUAAUCUGGCAGCCUAGUCAUAAUAGGAGUACAGUACUGAGUAUUUAGAAGGUGACUCACUCGCGCUAACAGGGUCUUAAUGACGCAAUGUGUGACCACGAUGCUUAUGUACUUCACGUAUGCCUGGUUGCGGCCUCGUCUUCAGACUACUGUCUACUAACCUGAUAGCAAAUAGAAAAGCUAUCGACAAAAAACUUUUUCAAAGUAUUGAUAACUUGACAACUCAUGUUACACGCAUGUUUGAUGGAUAGGCCUAAUGACGAUAGCCACAACAGUUGUGUCUGAACACGGGAUUGUGAGUUGAUAAACAUACUGUACGCCCCUACUUAGAAAUUGUUGAGACAUUUAAUAAUGUAAGAAAAAUUAACUACACCGUAUCUUUUUUUUUAAUCCAUAAUAUAAUUUAAACAUUUUUAUAUAGUUUUAUUCAGUCAGUAAACCUGCAAAUGUCUUGUUUUUUCUCAAUUGUUUUUGCAAAAACAGGAUGACUCGUUUUUGUUUUUUUAUUCACCUCUUUUAUGUUUAAAUAUGUUGUGUUUGAGUUGAAGAUUAUGAGAAAAGGGACCUUUCCGGCAAUUCCUAUCCCUUAGAGAUAUUGUUAAACGUGCGUAAACAGUUGGCGUCUGUGGGACAACCAUAGAGCUAUUAAACAACUAGAGUGCUGACAAGAUGGCGUAGCAAUGCAGAGUUAUGUAUGUGUACCAUCCAUAGAGCUAUU